AUCUCACAGACAGGAGAUACUUACAACACACUCAACGGAAAGCGCGUGCUAACCGUUUGCUAAACUUUAUUUUUCGAGAUAAAAUAUGCCAUUUGUGACUUACGACUAAAAUUUUUACCUCUUUUCAGGAUGAAUCUGUUGAAAAUCAUUUGCUCCAACAUUAUUGUACUCAUCCAUCACUGCAUGGAAAAAGUGGAGAGCAAAAGCAAAACCCCGCUUACGCAUGAUGACUUUUACCCUGAGUAUGUGCCAGAUCGCCAGCCAUGGUUCAUUGCACACAGGCUCUGCCUCCAGCGUUCAGGGACCCUAGCGGUGGUGUCCAGUACCGAAGAGAUUCAAAGGCUGAACAGUUUUCUACAGUCCCUGAAUAUCACUCAACCUGUAUGGAUUGAAAGUGCAGGCAUGUUUCAAAAAAGUGGUCCUCCAGAUAUAUACAUGCUGGAAUUUCCAGUGCGGCCACACCGGAAAUCGGCUCGCCUCCGCCAUAAGUUCCCUAACAUGGAAGCGCUAACGGUUUGCGCUCACCUCCAGCUUGAUCCAACUUGCCAUGGACUUUCCACAGUCUUUUCGUAUGCCAUAAGGUCAUUCAUUAAAGAAUUCCAACUCCAAGCACGAAUCACAGGGAAUGAACCUGUCCAGCUUGCAUUGCUGGUGCAUGGUUCAAACACCACCUACGUAACAGGCUUUCCCAAUGAUGCCUCCUGGCACUUUGUAUGUGCAAGCUUGGUUGCGAAUAGUGGAAAGUGGGGCAUCUGGGUGGAUGGAAUGGUGGUGGGUUCUGGGAACUCCCUCAACACAUCAAAUUUCAUAGGAGGCGAUGGCCUUUUCAUGAUUGGACAAGACCAGGAGCCCUACGGAGGCUACAAUGGCGACAAGGCGCUUUGUGGGAACGUUACGCAGCUGUACAUGUGGGAUCGUUUGUUGGUCGACACUGAAAUCCAAAGCAUGGAAAAAGUUUGUUCACCUGUUCCUUCUGGCUUGUUCUUCAAGUGGAAUAAUUCCGCACUGGAAAUAGAGACGUCACUACAAACGCGCAGAAGGAACUCACCGUGUAAAGGUUCCAAAAGCCAACCACCAGACCAACUUAUCUCUGGCUUGCAUCCCAAUUUUUCCGUCCACACGUCUAACAAGGCCUGUGUAACCUUAGACCCUGCAAGUGGGAAACUGAUUAAUGACUCAUGUUGGACGCAAAGAGGAAGUGUUUGCCUAUUCCCAAAAGAGCAGCUGGACUUCUUAGGUUUUCCUGGGACCUUGUUCUUCUCACAAGUCAGCAAUGAGUUUCAUUCCAAACCUCAUACAGAGAAUACAAAUGUAACCUUGUUCUCGGAGAAUGAAUUGACUCGUCAUAUUUUCCUCUUGAGUGCCAUAUUGAGAAUUAUGGACAGCAAUGCAGACAUCAUUACACAUUCUGAUCUCCUGUACCUCACCGAAACCAUCGAGAAGGCCGCUCAACUCAAUAAAAUAGAUGUUCCCACUGAGGUCUUCAUAUCCAUGAUCCGCAAUUGCUUAGAACUAGUCAGCAGGCUCAUCGACCCUGAUAUGGCCAAACUAUGGGAGGAUUUGAGAGAUCGUGGGGUAUGUUGUGGAAUUGAAAUUGGUUAUAUCCUGCUCUUCUGGAACCAAAUCCAAAAAGUGGAUGGUAACUCUUAUGUCAGAUUUAUGAGUCUGUUUCCUGUAUUAUCUCAGAAUUACCUUGGACCAUUGACAAUGGUAGAGAACAUUGACAAGCUGUUGUGGACAUUGGCGGAUGAGCUUUGGGCCGAGCGCAAAAGCUUCACAAUGUCAACAAAAAACAUGGAUAUUCACCUGGAGCCGCGAGGGCUGGUGCAAAUAAGCUGCAGUUGUGUGUUCAAGCCCUCACUCCAUGGCAGUCAGUUCAGCAGCCAUGAUGAGAUCCUCAUACCCGAGUCAGAAAUGCAGAGAGUCUUUUUAUUGGGCCACAAGGAAGUGAUGGUUAUUUAUACCUACUACAGUAACCUGGUAGAGAAGUCGUCCAGACUGGAGGUCAAAACACCUGCUGACCAACAGACAGAUGGCAAGAGGCAUCACACUGGUCAGCUAGCCACGGCAGUAAUCUCAGCGACAGUGCGGGAUGUGCCGAAUUCAGAAAAUGUUCCCGUCUCUGUCCAGUACACUCUAUCCUCUGGGAUUAUGGCAGAGUAUUCCAAACAAGUCACGCCCGUGUGCGUCUUUUGGAAUAUCGGAUUCAUGGUGGGUCAUACAAGUGCUUGGUCCAGUAAAGGGUGCAGAGUGUUGCCUUCUCCUCCUGAUGUCACAUCCUGCUUUUGCAACCACACCACCAAUUUUGCUGUCCUCAUGAAUUAUAUGGAGCUCCGGUGGAGUGCUAAAGAGGAGAGCAUUUUGACGAAGCUGACGUUUAUCGGCUCCGGAGCUUCUCUCUGCGCACUGGUGGUGACCUUGAUGCUGUUUACCGUGUUAGAUAUCCCAAAAUCGGAUCGCACAUCAGUCCACAAGAAUCUUUUUGUGUCUCUGACUUGUGCUCAAAUUGUCCUUCUCUGCAGUGGUUCUGCUGUUCAUAAUAAGGUGGCCUGCAUGCUUGUGGCAGCUCUGAUGCAUUUGUUCUUCAUGGCAUCGUUCAGCUGGAUGCUGGUCGAGGGCCUGCUGCUCUGGAGCAAAGUAGUGAGCGUUAAUUUGAGCGAGGACCGCCACAUGAAAUACUACUACCUGAUUGGCUGGGGCCUGCCCGUGCUGAUCGUUACCAUCACGCUGGCCUCUGCCUCUGGGAAAUACUCAGCCGAUGGCCACUGCUGGCUCAGUGUUCAGAACGGUGUCAUAUGGGGCUUUGCAGGCCCAGUCAUCUUCAUUAUUAUGGUGAAUAUCAUGAUUCUGACUCGUGUGGUCCUGAUCACCAUCGCCACAGCCAAGAGAAGAUCUUUGAUGAUGAACAACAGCCCGGAAGAGCAAGUCUCUGAGCAGAUAAGGGCGGCAGUCAAAGCCGUGCUGGUUCUGUUGCCGAUCCUGGGCCUGACCUGGCUUUGUGGAGUCCUCGUGCCGUUCUCCAUGGUUAUCGCUUACAUCUUUAGCCUCCUGAACUCACUACAGGGUCUCUUCAUCUUCCUGAUAUAUGGAGUGUACAACACUGAGGUUCGAAACACAGUCAACAGAAUCAAAGAAAGAAGAAAAGCCCUAAAUUUCUCCAACUGCGCCAGUUCCAGGCCCUCCAGCUCAGUGGGCAGUUCUCGGCCGGGCAGUUCUCCAGUGCCAGGUGUUUUGGACGGGCACACAGUCACCACCAGCCACUCCAGUAGCUCCUCGACCCACAGCGACAACAUCACCCAGAGUUUCGACAAAACGAGGCAUCUGUCUAUCCUCUGUGUCCAUGACAACCUGAAUGAAGACCUGCAAUGUCCUGACACUGGUGUCCACCUCUCUGGACAGGAGAACUUAAAGAAACCUAAAAACAGACAUCCAAACGAAUGCAGUCUGAAUGUACCCAUGGAGGCCGAACGAAUUUCACCUCCUCAGCAGAACGCCGACAUGUGUCUUUAUUGAAACUUCUUUGUGUCUUGUAUUUUGGUAAAGUGCAGAUACUCUGUAAAUGAUAUCCUUAAUGUUUCAACAUAUUGUGUACAUGCUUUGCAAUUUAUCUCGAAGUAAACUACAAUCUAAAUAUGUUCAUUUGUGAAAAACUAACUUAAUACUUUGAAUGUUUUACUGAAGAUUUACUCUAUUUUGUACAGGUUUCAUCUUGAAUAAGCUAAAAUGAAUCUGGCAGUUUAUUUCUUUUUACUUUGUCUUCACACUAUAUUUGAGAGUGUAGCAGGAUCAGGUACGUGUUCUUCCGCGUAUGUUUUCUUGAAAUCUAAAACUCUUGAAUCUGAAUAUUCUUGAAUCUGUCUCUGUAUCCAGUGUGAAUCUGUUCAUCUUUGUAUCAUUAGUAGGAAGAAACUGUUGUUCACUGAUCAUGGAUUAUUGCCAGAGACGGAAAUAAAAUGACAACUGUUGGCAUAAUA